AUGCCUAGCCUUCUGAACCCCCAGAUCACCAACCUCCUCAUCAUCCUUGGUAUGAUGCAGGUCUCCAAGCGCGUCCCCUUUGACGACCCCAACGUCCUCAACUCGGUCCGUGCGAUCUACGUUACCAGCAACAUCAUCAUUGCUCUUGUAUACUUCUACGUUCAGUCUAAGAUCAAUGCCAAGAAUGACAUGACCACCCUCAAGUACGUCGAGCCUGCCCCCAUGGGCUCUACCGAGGAGCCCAAGCUCGUCACAACUACUAUCAAGGACUACGAUCUUGCCCAGCUUAAGACUGCCUGGCGCGGCCAGCUUACUGGUGUUGCCAUGAUGGCCUUUAUGCACCUUUACAUGAAGUACACCAACCCUCUCUUGAUCCAGAGCAUUAUCCCCGUCAAGAGCUUGUUCGAGAGCAACCUUGUCAAGAUCCACCUUUACGGCCAGCCCGCCUCCGGUGACCUCAAGCGUCCUUUCAAGGCUGCUGCUGGUCUCAUGGGCGCCAUGCAGGGUGGUGCUACUCAGAGCGACAAGAAGGCCGUCGAAGCCGCUGAGAAGGCUGGCCGCGGUGGUGCUAAGGAGGAGUAA